AUGACUCCCAAAGCUUCCACCCGGAUCGCAUCGGUGCGCCGUCUCAACAAAGAAGGCCCCGGAGAGCGAUCCCUCGCAGAGUGGUGGGCCAACGAACGCGAUAACCACACCCCGGAAGCGGCCGCCAUCGAAGACGCGGCGCAACUCCUCCGAACCAGCGAUAUCCCCGUUGCUUUCCCCACAGAGACAGUGUAUGGACUGGGUGCAGAUGCGACGCGGAGUGAUGCAGUACAAGGGAUCUACAAGGCGAAGCAGAGGCCGUCAGAUAACCCGUUGAUUAUACAUGUUGAUUCGCUGGGGAUGUUGGAGCGGUUACUCAACCCCACACAGGAAAGCCCAUCGCGCAGGACUUCCACUGCAAAGAACGCUAUCCCCCCCAUCUACGACUCGGUCAUUUCCCGUUUCUGGCCUGGUCCUCUCACAAUCCUCCUCCCUAACCCCUCCGGCUCCCCUCUUGCUCCCGAAGUCACCUCCAAACUUACGACAUUUGGCGUGCGCAUGCCCUCGUCCCCGCUUGCACGCUUGUUGAUUCAUGUAACGGACCGACCACUGGCGGCUCCCUCAGCCAACGCAUCCACGAAGCCCUCCCCGACGGCGGCGGAACAUGUAUUCCAUGACCUUGAAGGUCGCAUUGAGCUGAUCCUUGAUGGUGGUCCCUGUGGCGUAGGCGUGGAGAGUACGGUUGUCGACGGGCUGUCCGACCCCCCGGCUAUUCUUCGACCGGGCGGGAUUGGAAUCGAGGAGCUGCGGACGUGCGCUGGGUGGGAGAAUGUACAGGUCGGAUACCAUGACGGCACACUAGACGUGAAGGAGAUCCCACGGGCACCGGGCAUGAAGUACCGACACUACUCGCCCAAGGCACGCGUGGUGCUGUUCGAAGCCGGCUCCGAUGAGGAAGCCGUCACGAGACAUAUCCGCAAGGACCUGGAAGAUUCGGCCAUCGGAGCACACAUGAUCGGAGUUGUCCGCACGCAACACUGGAAGCGCGGCACUGCAACCAAGGAGACCUUCGACUGCCACCUCGGCACGGAUGUCAAGUCGAUCGCGCAGGGCCUCUUCUCUGCGCUACGGGCCAUGGAUGAAAUGGAGGUGGAUGUCAUUUACGUCGAGGGCGUGCCUGAUCACCAGGGCGAUCUGGCAGCUGCUGUCAUGAACCGGCUGCGCAAAGCCGCUGGGGCGGAACUCCGGGUAUAA